AUGCCGUUUGCACAGUUGGUGAUUGGCCCUCCUGGUGCGGGCAAGUCCACAUACUGCAAUGGGAUGCAUCAGUUCCUCGGAGCGAUUGGCCGCAAAUGUUCCAUCGUGAACUUAGAUCCCGCAAAUGAUAAGACGUCGUAUCCGUGUGCGCUGGACGUCCGCGACCUUGUAACGCUGGAGGAAGUCAUGAGUGAAGAUCAUUUAGGGCCGAAUGGAGGUAUUUUGUACGCGUUGGAAGAACUGGAAGAGAACUUUGACUGGUUAGAGGAGGGCCUGAAAGAACUUGGAGAUGAUUAUAUCUUGUUUGACUGUCCGGGUCAAGUUGAGAUCUUCACGCAUCAUUCCUCGUUGCGCAACAUUUUUUUCAAAAUACAAAAAUUGGGAUAUAGAUUAGUUGUAAUUCAUUUAAUUGACUCCUACAACCUCACACUGCCGUCAAUGUACAUAUCCGCCCUCUUACUCUCUCUUCGUGCCAUGCUCCAAAUGGACUUACCCCACCUCAACGUUCUGACCAAGAUCGAUAACCUAUCGAACUAUGCACCCCUCCCUUUCAAUUUGGAUUUUUACACAGACGUGCAAGACCUUACUUACCUCCUCCCACAUCUGGAAGCCGAAUCGUCCCGGUUGUCACAUGAGAAGUUCGGGCCUCUCAAUAACGCUAUCAUUGACCUAGUGGAGGAGUUCGGUCUGGUAUCGUUUGAGACGUUGGCUGUGGAAGACAAGAAAAGCAUGAUGAAUCUAUUACGCGUCAUCGACAGAGCUAGUGGAUACGUGUUUGGACCCGCUGAAGGUGCAAAUGACAGUGUCUGGCAGAUCGCUGUUCGCGAAGGGCUUGGGACCAUGGAUAUUCGCGACAUACAGGAACGAUGGAUUGAUGCGAAGGACGUAUAUGAUGAAAAGGAACUCAAAGAGCUGGAAACCGAGGCAAAAGCAAGGGAGGAAGCUGCACAAACUACGGGCAAAGGCACCGACAAUAUUGAUGACUAUGAUGAAUUUGCUCGAGGGCCGCUACCCGAUAGUGGCGUGAAAGUCGUACGAAAAUCAUGA